AUGCACCCGAUCGCUCCCGAGAAGUCCACGCCUUCAACAACCCACGGCCAUAUCAACGGACAUACCAACGGGCACACGAACGGUCACGCCUCCGCCACUGCCUCGCAAGACCUCCGCGACGCCCACGAAUACGAUAUGACUUCCCCCUCUACCAUACGGCAGAAGUUCCUCCCCCACCCGGGUGACCUCGGCGUUGUGCUCGUCGGCUUCAGUGGCGGGCAAUGCAAAGAAGGGGUCGACGCUGCGCCGACGGCUCUAGUCGGCGCCGGCUUGCUGGAGCAGAUCCGCGACGAGCUAGGGUACGAGCUGCACGGCGACAUAGAAGUGCACAACUACAACGAGAUGCGGGCCCAGUCCGACGAGCCGCACCGUGGCAUGAAGAACCCUCGCUCCGUCAGCGCGGUGACGGAAAAGCUCGCAGGCCAAGUGUAUGAGCAGGCACGCCAGGGCCGGAUGGUCUUGACCCUCGGCGGGGACCACAGCAUCGCCAUCGGCACGAUCGCCGGCACGGCCAAGGCCAUCCACGAACGCUACAGCGGCAAGAAAGAAAUUGCCGUCAUCUGGGUCGACGCCCACGCCGACAUCAACACCCCCGAGACGUCCGACAGUGGCAACAUUCACGGCAUGCCUGUGGCAUUUGCGACGGGGCUGGCCAAGUCCCAGGAACGCGACAUCUUUGGCUGGAUUCAAGACGAUCAGCGCCUCUCGACCGCGAAGCUCGUCUACAUCGGCCUGCGGGACGUGGACAAGGGCGAGAAGAAGAUCCUGCGCGACCACGGCAUCAAGGCGUUCAGCAUGCACGAUAUUGACCGGCACGGCAUCGGCAGGGUCGUGGAGAUGGCGUUGGCGCACAUUGGCACUGACACGCCGAUUCACCUGUCGUUUGACGUCGAUGCCCUAGAUCCGAUGUGGGCGCCGUCGACGGGCACGCCCGUGAGGGGAGGCCUGACGCUGCGAGAAGGCGACUACAUUGCCGAGUGUGUGCACGAAACGGGCCAGUUGGUCGCGAUGGACCUCGUCGAGGUGAAUCCCUCAGUCGAGGCUGCAGGGGCCAGCGAAACUGUCCGGGCGGGCGUCAGCCUGGUGCGCUGUGCCUUGGGAGACACUCUUCUGUGA